CUGAGCUUCUUGUGAUCAGUGGAUUGUGGGACUGUCCUUCCCUAGCAGCAUAGGGACCGCUUCCACGUGCCACCUAAUUGACUAGCGUUCACCUGUGUACUUCUUUCACAUUUGAAGAUGGUGAAGCUGGAUAUUCACACUUUGGCUCAUCACCUUAAGCAGGAACGACUCUAUGUGAAUUCGGAGAAACAGCUGAUCCAGAGGCUAAAUGCAGAUGUGCUUAAGACUGCUGAAAAGUUGUACCGCACAGCAUGGAUUGCCAAGCAGCAGAGGAUUAAUUUGGACAGGCUUAUCAUAACAAGUGCUGAAGCUUCUCCUGCUGAAUGUUGCCAACAUGCCAAGAUCUUGGAAGAUACACAGUUUGUUGAUGGAUAUAAGCAGCUGGGAUUUCAAGAGACUUAUUAUGGAGAAUUCUUAAAUAGGUUAAGAGAAAACCCUCGACUCAUUGCCUCCUCUUUGGUUGCUGGAGAAAAACUGAACCAGGAUAAUACUCAGAGUGUUAUUCAUACAGUUUUUACCUCUCUCUAUGGCAACUGUAUCAUGCAAGAAGAUGAGAGCUACCUUCUUCAGGUUUUGCGAUAUCUGAUUGAAUUUGAACUCAAAGAAAGUGACAACCCUAGGCGUCUUUUGAGGAGAGGAACUUGUGCAUUCAGCAUUUUAUUCAAGCUAUUUUCUGAAGGGCUCUUUUCUGCCAAACUCUUCCUCACAGCAACAUUACAUGAGCCAAUCAUGCAGUUGUUGGUUGAAGAUGAAGACCAUCUGGAAACAGAUCCAAAUAAGUUGAUUGAGAGGUUCUCUCCAUCCCAGCAGGAAAAGCUUUUUGGAGAGAGAGGUUCAGAUAGGUUCAGACAAAAGGUCCAAGAGAUGGUGGACUUGAAUGAAUCCAAACUGGUGGCUUUGGUGAACAAAUUUAUUGGCUAUCUCAAACAGAAUACAUACUGCUUUCCCCAUAGUUUGCGGUGGAUUGUAUCACAAAUGUAUAAAACACUUUCCUGUGUAGAUCGGCUUGAUAUAGGGGAAGUGAGGGCAAUGUGUACUGAUCUCCUCUUAGCCUGCUUCAUUUGCCCUGCAAUUGUCAACCCAGAACAGUAUGGAAUAAUUUCUGAUGCUCCCAUAAAUGAGGUGGCAAGAUUUAAUUUGAUGCAGGUUGGCCGCCUUUUACAGCAGCUAGCAAUGACUGGCUCUGAGGAGGGAGAUCCUCGAGCAAAGAGCAGCCUUGGUAAAUUUGACAAAAGUUGUGUAGCUGCUUUCCUUGAUGUUGUAAUUGGUGGCCGGGCAGUAGAGACUCCCCCAAUGUCUUCAGUCAACCUUCUAGAAGGGUUGAGUAGAACUGUGGUGUAUAUGACCUACAGCCAGCUCAUCACUCUGGUUGGUUUUAUGAAAAAUGUCAUGUUGGGUGACCAACUGAGAGAAGAUCGAAUGGCUCUUGAAAACUUGUUGGCAAACCUACCCCAGGCCAAGCCAGGAAAAAGUAACAGCUUGGAAAUGACUUCGUAUAAUACUCCUCAGUUGUCUCCUGCAGCUACUCCAGCUAAUAAAAAAAAUCGCUUACCCUUAGCAACUCGGAGCAGAAGUCGUACCAAUAUGCUAAUUGAUCAGCACCCAGACCAUGAUGUUAUCCAAGAGACGAUUCAGGAAGUGCAGCCAGAAGAAGUGUUGGUCAUUUCUUUGGGGACAGGCCCCCAGCUUACUCCAGGCAUGAUGUCAGAAAAUGAGGUCUUAAACAUGCAGCUUUCAGAUGGAGGACAAGGAGAUGUCCCUGUUGAUGAAACCAAACUCCACGGUAAACCUGAUAAAACCUUGCGCUUUUCCCUCUGCAGUGAUAAUCUGGAAGGAAUAUCUGAAGGUCCUUCAAAUCGUUCUAAUUCGGUAUCUUCUCUGGACUUGGAAGGAGAAUCUGUGUCAGAACUUGGAGCAGGGCCUUCUGGGAGUAAUGGAGUUGAAGCUCUACAGCUUUUGGAACAUGAACAAGCUACAACACAGGAUAACCUUGAUGAUAAACUACGGAAAUUUGAAAUUCGCGAUAUGAUGGGGCUAACAGAUGAUCGGGAUAUUUCAGAAACAGUGAGUGAGACCUGGAGUACAGAUGUCUUGGGCAGUGAUUUUGAUCCCAACAUUGAUGAAGAUCGAUUACAGGAGAUUGCAGGUGCGGCAGCAGAGAACAUGUUAGGCAGUUUGCUGUGUCUGCCAGGUUCAGGGUCAGUGCUUCUUGACCCCUGCACUGGUUCUACCAUAUCAGAAACAACCAGCGAAGCUUGGAGUGUAGAGGUAUUACCAAGUGACUCAGAGGCCCCAGACCUCAAACAAGAAGAGAGAUUACAAGAGCUAGAGAGCUGUUCUGGACUGGGCAGCACAUCUGAUGAUACAGAUGUUCGGGAAGUCAGUUCCCGCCCCAGCACUCCAGGCCUCAGUGUUGUCUCAGGCAUCAGUGCAACCUCUGAGGAUAUUCCUAAUAAGAUUGAGGACCUUAGAUCUGAAUGUAGUUCUGACUUUGGUGGCAAAGAUUCAGUCACCAGUCCAGAUAUGGAUGACGUAGUCCAUGGAGCCCACCAGCUGACUUCUCCUCCCUCUCAGUCAGAGUCUUUGCUUGCAAUGUUUGACCCAUUGGCGUCACAUGAAGGGGCUUCUGCUGUAGUAAGACCAAAAGUUCACUAUGCUAGACCAUCACACCCACCACCAGAUCCCCCAAUCCUGGAAGGAGCCAUGGGAGGGAAUGAAGCCAGGCUACCAGGAUUUGGCUCUCAUGUGUUGAUUCCAACGGAUGCAGAAGCAUUCAAACAGAGACAUUCCUAUCCUGAGCGAUUAGUCCGCAGCAGGAGUUCUGAUAUUGUAUCUUCGGCCCGGAGACCCAUGAGUGAUCCUAGUUGGAAUCGGCGUCCUGGGAAUGAAGAGAGAGAACUGCUUCCUUCAACUGCCAUUGGAUCUCCUUUAGUGGCUGCACCUCCAUCAUCAUCCUCAUCUCCUAGUAAAGAUUCCUUGAGAGGAGAGACUGAAGAACGAAAAGAUAGUGAUGAUGAGAAGUCAGACAGAAACAAACCUUGGUGGAGAAAACGUUUUGUUUCAGCUAUGCCUAAAGCUCCUAUACCAUUUAGAAAGAAAGAAAAACAAGAAAAAGACAAAGAUGAUCUGGGGCCUGACAGAUUCUCAGCACUUACAGAUGAUCCUGCCCCCAGACUCAGUGCACAGGCCCAGGCUGCUGAAGAUAUCUUGGAUAAAUAUAGGAAUGCCAUUAAACGAACUAGUCCUGGUGAAGGAGCUGUGGGGAACUAUGAAGGUGCAGAAGUUAUGGGAGAUGGUGAAAGUGUACAUGACUCUCCUCGUGAUGAAGCCCUGCAGAAUAUCUCCGCUGAUGAUCUCCCGGACUCAGCCAGCCAGGCGGCCCCCCCACAGGACUCCCCUUUCUCUUAUAGGGAUGCCAAAAAGAAACUGAGGCUUGCACUUUGCUCAGCAGAUUCUGUUGCUUUCCCAGUGCUCACUCAUUCGACGAGGAAUGGUCUGCCAGACCAUACAGAUCCAGAAGACAACGAGAUUGUAUGCUUCCUAAAAGUUCAGAUAGCUGAAGCAAUUAAUUUACAAGACAAGAAUUUAAUGGCUCAACUUCAAGAAACAAUUCGCUGCGUGGGACGUUUUGAUAAUAGAACUUGUCGGAAACUGCUGGCAUCUAUUGCAGAGGACUACCGGAAAAGAGCCCCAUAUAUCGCUUACCUCACUCGUUGUCGCCAGGGGCUACAGACUACACAGGCCCAUCUGGAAAGGCUGUUGCAGAGGGUUUUGCGAGACAAAGAGGUAGCCAACCGGUACUUUACCACAGUUUGUGUGAGAUUAUUGCUGGAGAGCAAAGAGAAGAAGAUUCGGGAAUUCAUUCAAGACUUUCAGAAGCUCACAGCAGCUGAUGAUAAGACAGCUCAGGUAGAAGAUUUCCUGCAGUUUUUAUAUGGUGCCAUGGCUCAGGAUGUCAUCUGGCAGAAUGCUAGUGAGGAACAGCUCCAAGAUGCUCAGAUGGCAAUUGAGCGAAGUGUGAUGAACCGAAUUUUCAAGCUUGCCUUCUAUCCUAACCAAGAUGGAGACAUUCUCCGUGACCAGGUUCUUCAUGAGCAUAUCCAGAGAUUGUCCAAAGUAGUGACAGCAAAUCAUAAAGCACUUCAAAUACCUGAGGUGUAUCUUCGGGAGGCACCAUGGCCAUCUGCACAAUCUGAAAUCCGCACAAUAAGUGCUUAUAAGACCCCUAGGGACAAAGUGCAGUGCAUCCUGAGAAUGUGCUCCACAAUUAUGAACCUGCUGAGUCUGGCCAAUGAAGAUUCAGUCCCUGGAGCGGAUGAUUUUGUUCCUGUUCUGGUGUUUGUUUUGAUAAAGGCAAACCCACCCUGUUUACUGUCUACCGUUCAGUACAUCAGUAGCUUUUAUGCUAGCUGUCUGUCUGGAGAAGAAUCGUAUUGGUGGAUGCAAUUCACAGCAGCAGUUGAGUUCAUUAAAACCAUUGAUGACCGGAAGUGACCUACUCUGAAGCCUGCUAGGACAGGCAGACUGUUUAGGGGAGCAGAAUCUCUUAAAUAAUAUUCACCAGCUGCUUAGCAGGCUGAAGAUUGUCCUUGUAUAUUGUACAGAGUUCAGGCAUUUUCAACCAGAUCUUUACUAAACAGAUUAAUGAGUUAACUAGCAGGUUUUCUUUUCUUUUUUCCCCCCCCUGUUCCUGUUUCUGGGUUCCAUAUUUUAUUCUUCCCACUCUCAGUAGAGGCUAGAGCUGCAACAAGGGACCACAUUUUUCAGGUAUUUUGGAAUAUAAAAACCUCUUGGAAGAAUUCCUAGGUAAUCAUUCAUGGAUAGCCAUUCUUUCUUUUUCUAAAAAAAAAAAAAGGACCAGGUCACCUCUUUUAAGAUAUCUAAUAUUGGUAAGAAAACACCCACUGGACCUGAAGGUUUAUAAUAGUUGAAACAUUAGUGGCAUUAUCUCUAAAUCUAUAUACCUAAAUUGAGAAGCUGAGAAGGAAAUGUAAAUAUAGUAUAUAUAUUUAUAUUUGUUGUACUAUGGACAUCUUCAGACUCUUUCGUAAACAAGGAACUUCUGUGUCUUGACAGUAGGUUGUGCCAUAACCCUGUUGUGAUAUGGUUUCCUCAAAAGAACUUAAGCUGAGCUUAAAACAAAAAACCAUAAAUAUUUAUUAAAAUACAAUGCAGUUUAUUGAACUUUCCAAGAGUUUGAUGCGUGCAGUGCUACAGUUGAUGGCAAGUGUAAAUUUUUGGAUCUUUUACCAUGGAGGUUUGGGAGCUGCACAUAAAAGAGAUGGACUAUGUCUAGAGAUAAGCACUGACUGUAGAAAGGAAUAGUAAAUAUCAGAUACCUUAUUGUAAUAUUUUUCUUCUGAAAUAUUGUGUAUACUGUACAAACCCCAGACAGAGCUCCUUAUGAACCUUAAAUUGUAAUAUAUGUUUUGAUUGAUUAUUCACAUUGAAUGCAUACGCCAGGGGAUUCAGUGAAUGGCGUUUUUUUUACUAAGUGUUCUUUGUAUUGUCUGCUCUAGUGGUGCAGGUUUUACUAGUCAUAAAAUAUUUUAACAAAUCACACUGUUCUUAUAAAAAUAUAUAUAUAUUUUAUAUAUAUGUAUAUAUAAUAUAUAUAUAUAUACACACAUACAUACAUAUAUAUUCAUAAAUAGGCACCAUGUCAGGGUAUUUGGGCAGAUUUUUGUUAUUUUCUCCUCUCUUCUAACAAAAUAUGGCUUUCUUUUCAUUUAGAUAUCUAAACUGGCAGAUUAUCCUUGGUGCCUGAGAAGUUGACUGAGCAGGUGCUUGACAGCAUUAAGCACAUGUCUUGUACAUAAGUGAUCAGUGGCUGGUUUUAUUUUGUACCUCUGUUCUUUCUCGAUAUCGAUAAUAAUCAGUUCUUUUACAAAGUGGAGAGCUGAACCAGCUUCUUAAUGCUAAUAGUACCACCGCGCUCCCCAAAGUAUUUUUAUUGCUGGUCAGUUGGGUAAGGAUGUAACAGCCAGCCUCUCGUAGGGAAAGAAAGACACAGUCUGUUCUCUUUCUGUAGGACGUGCUGCUUAGCAUUUAUAAAAUACUGUGGGAAGAUCAAUUUCUUUAUUCCACCAUUCUCACUUUUCCAUUCAUUAACUUGAAGAUAUCAAGUUAUAUAGAAGUAGACGUAGAGUUAGGUGUUUGUUUUUAAUGAGUGAACACAUUAAACUAAUACUGCUAAACUUUCAUCCUUCCUUUAAGUUUUUAAAAAAAUAACAAAAUACAAACUUGUGUACAGUAUACUGUUUCCUAGACUGUGCCUAUCACAGUUGCCUUUGUUAUUAUAGGUCAAAGUCUGUUAUGUAUUCCAUUACCAAAAAACAAACAAAAAUCCAAACAUUUGUAUGAUAAGAUUUCUAAGAUUCAACUGGUCAACUUAUUUCCAUUGGUAUUUAAAAAUUUGGAGUCAAUUGUAAUGUGAUUUGAUUUUGAUAAUUUAACAAGAGAUAUUUGUUUCCUUAUGCACUAACUGCUCCCUCCCCCCAGGCAUUCUUAAAAUCUAUUUUGUGUCAUCAAUGUGAAAAUUAUAAGAUUCAGAAAUGAACUUACAUAGAGUUAAUGUUUUGGAGAAGGGAUGGAGGGUGGGGUAAGGGUUUCAUCUCUUUAUAACCUUGACUGGAGGUAUAGUGUUAAAGUGCUGGUAGCAAUAGAAUUUGCCUUAUUUAGUGCUGCCUACCUGUAGUCAUGCAAAUGCUUGAGCCCAUAGAAGGAACACCAUAGAAGUUUGGUUUCUGUGGCUAUAUGUUCUUUUUUCAUUUGUGAUAGAGAUGAUGACUGUACUCUUAGUCCUGACAGUGGAGGCUUUUUGGCAAAUUGACAUAGUAGAGCUUAUUCAAGAGACAGUUAGCUUAUUCAUUCUGAGAAACUUUAAAGGCAAGAAUUAUUUCAGGAUCAACAAUGGCACCAGUUGUGUUCAGUGUCAGGAUUUGUUGUUUUAUUGAUAUUUAAGCAUGGGAGUCAGUACACUAUUUGGGGGUGUGUGUGUGUCUGUGUGUGUCUGUGUCUUUGUGUGUCUGUGUGUGUGUUGAGUAGAGGGGAAAAGAAGUAGUAUGGGUUUGGCUCUGUUUUUUCAAAGUAAUGGAAUAGAUUUGUACUGAGCUUUCUCCCAAUAACUUAAAAUGGAGCAUUAGUGUGAAAGAGCACAGAACCUCUUGUUUUUCAUGCUGAAUGAGUUCACAGUGGAUGUUAAGUUGGGACACUGGUUCACAUUGGAGUUUUGCAAAUGUACAUAGAGAGAGCAUUGGAUUUGAAUUAGAAGACUGGUGUUUGAAUCCUGAUGCAUCUGUUUAGCAGCUGUGGGACUUUAGGCAAGUCAUUUCUUUCUAGGUUUUAGUUUCUUCAUCUGUAAAAUGAGGGGUUUGGUCAGUAUGAUUUCUAGGCCCCUUUUAUAGGCCUAAUUUUUUCCCAGUUGAAAAGAGAAGAAAACUGAUUUUCUGUUUAUUUGCUGAUUCUGAGAAUUGAGUAGAAGAAGAUUAAAGAUUUUGAGUUUCCCCCAGCCCCUCUGUAAAAUGCCUCUGGUUUACAUCAGAAUUUCAACAAGAGCUGUUAAUCUGUUAUCUGAUUUUUUUCCUUUAAAAAAAAAUACCCUGAUUAUUGACAGCCCUUUAUAUAAACAUUGUUUCAUAGUUAUAAUAAAAAAAAUUAGGCUUUCUAAGGAAUCAUCAGACUCAUAGAUGUCAUUUCCUGAUGUGACUUUUAAAUAUUCUUCAUGUAUAUAUCUAUAGGAAGAUUUCAUUUUGUUUUUCCUCCUGUAGUUGAACAACAGGAACGCAAACAAAAACUGUCUAAACCAAAAAGAAAAAAAAUAACCCAAACAAGAAGCUAGAAGAAUGCCCCUCCUCCCCCUAAACAACAACAAUAACAACAGCAAAGACUGUUUUACUACGAGAGUCUUUAGCUACAGAAGCAGAACUUUGGGAGCUAUAAACCUGUUUAGAAUGCCAUUAGGUUUUUUUUUUGGCUAAAUAAAGGUCAAUUAAAUGUAUAAAAAUGGUUGUUUCUCCCCCAGAUGGGUAAAGGUGGAAGGAGAAAGAGUAGGAAAUUUGUUUACCUGAUUACUUGACCAAUUAUGGUAGUGGCUCUCAUUAGAAAUAAGCUUUCUGUGUAAUAGGAUGGCUAGGUAGAUCCUGAGGUGUUCUUUUAAAAAAAUACAUAGGAAUUGUGGUUUCUGGUUGCAGACCAAAUUUACCAGAAGAACUAACCAAUAUGAUGUGAAAGCUGGGUUUGGGAUUAGAGUCCUUCAUAAAUCACCCUGGGUGCCCCAAGAGGUCUUGGGUUACUUGCGUUUGCUAAAGGUUGACAUGUCUUCUUAGUUGUGGAUAUUUGUAUUGGCCAGUCAACCUAUGGGAAUUGACCCAGAGAACUGACCAGUCAGCCUGAAGAGUUGACUCAGGGAGAUGUCUUUGUUGGUAUUUUCUGUGUUCUCCUGUCCUGAGCUUGAGUGGAUGACUUUCCAGUAUUGAUGCUCUUUUCAGAACUGCCAGAGAGCUGUAGGGUUAUCAGAGCCCAGGAGUUCCAUUGUUAGAGCUGUUCCUCUUGAUAUGCUGUAUACUUUCUUAAAAUGUUGUUUAAAUGUUUAUUCUCUACUCCCACCUUCUUUUUUUGAGGGAAAGUCUGUGUCUGCCUUAUUUUUAGUUUCUUUAUUCAAGCAAGAUUAUUCUGAAGAAUUCUGAAUGUUAUCUGCCAUAAUUUUAAGAGAAUAGAGUUUCAAAAACAUCAUAAAAUUUUUAGCUGAAUAUUUUUUCUUUUCUCCCUCCUUUCCUUCCUUCCUUCCUUCCUUCCUUCCUUCCUUCCUUCCUUCCUUCCUUCCUUCCUUCCUUCCUUCCUUCCUUCCUUCCUUCCUUCCUUCCCUCCCUCCGUCCCUCCGUCAUUAAUAGUAGGUGUUGUUUGGGAAAAAUAUUGAAUGCCAAAAUGCUUGGGAUCUCUUUACCAGACUAAUGAUAACUGAAUAUAUUAUAGAAUGUAGACAAUACCAGAAAUGGGUCCUCAGUCAAGAAAAGCUUUGCUCCUCUUUAGAAAGCUGCAUGUAAAUAAAAUCAAAGAGAAGUUGUGUGGCCAAGUGGGAAACCAGUGGUGUGGCCAAUGAUGUGGCAGGCCAUUCCUGGUAGCAGCCAAAUAGGAAUUUGGACUUCAGAAAGAGGGUGUUUUGUAUCUAGCCAACAACAGUCAGUAUGGCUGAGCCUCUGUGGCUUCAGACUUCAUCUCUGCUGAACUAUUUCUGUGUUGUGUAUCUAUCGUGUGCUUCUCCUGUAUUGAAAAGCUUUGUACUGCCUCUCCUCUUUGAAACUGGUAAAGCCUUUCUAUAAGUCUAAAUUAAUGAGCUUGCACAAUCUUGUAUACCUACAGGAAUCUUGUCUUGUCUCUAAUGUGAUUAUUAAUGUAUUAUAUCAUUCUGUAAAACUGAUUAAAAAAGGAGAGCAGUUUAACUCCCUGGAUUUUGUUUCCAUCA